AUGAUAGCAUCAUUUUUAGGCAUUGUCAUAUUUUUAAUAGCAUCGGUAGAACCUCAUAGCGAGGCUAUGAAAAACGAAGAAGAGUGCAAAGUAGCAGACUUGUGUGUGCACGACAAAGUGCCGAUGUGUGCCAUCGACUCGUGCGGGGAGAUGAGGACGUUCAUAGACACCUGUGACAUGCAUGAGUUCAACUGUGACAGCAAGAAAGAUUUCAAGCAGAGGCCGAUCCACGAGUGCUGGGUGACAUGCAAGCGAGGACGUUCCUUCAAGAAACCGGAAUACAGAACAGACUGUAAUCUUAAUCCCAAAUCUAGAGCGUAG